AUGAAAGAGUUCUGGUGCUACCAAAGCAUGUCAGUUUACAUCCCAAAACAAGACAAAGGGGAAAAGAGUCUCCUGAUCUCAUCCCGGAGGUACUACUUUGAGAUCCUUCACAAGCAGGACGACAAAGGCUCAGAUCACGUGGAGGUUGGGUGGCGUCCAUUCCUCCCUGGUCUGAAAUACGAGGUGAUAGACUCAGCCUUUAUCUCCCUGUAUACAGAUGAAUCCAAUCUGAAGAUGAACAGUGUGGACCACAUCCCACAGACCUUGGCCAGUCACAUCCGUCUCCCAGAGGAGUCUCAGCCUCGGGGUUCGGAGGGAGGCACCGUCAUACUGCACGGAGCCGAUAUGCUGAAGCCAGAUCCCAGGGACACUUUUUACAGCACUCCAAUGAUUGACCCUUCUCGCCUGGAAAAUGUUCUUCCUGCAUGUCUCUACUCUCCGACUUAUGUAGUCAAAGAUUUUCCCAUCGCCAGAUACCAGGGGCUGCAGUUUGUCUACCUGUCCUUUGUCUAUCCGAAUGACUUCACUCGCCUCACCCACAUGGAGCGAGAGAACAAGUGUUUCUACAGAGAGUCCCCUAUCUAUUUAGAAAAGUUUGGUUUCUACAAAUAUAUGAAGAUGGAUGAGGAAGAAGACGACAGACCAUUCUUUUUCCCUAACCCAGAUGAUUUCCUUGAGGAGGAGGAGGUGGUUGACACAGAGGAUGAGUCAGAGAUUGUUGGCACACAGUUGCCCAAACAGCCCUCUCGUCCAGAUCAGGCCAGCCACACUUCAAACCCCUCCCAUCAGCAGUUGAAACCAGGGCCCACACCAGAUGCCAGGGAAGGGAAGGAGGAAGAGGACGACCAUAACGAAGACGAGGAGGGAGCAGUCAACAGUUUCGUCGGCCACAGAGAAAGGAGACAGUUUCCACACCGAGAUAGACAGAUGGGCGGUGUUCUGGAGAGAGAGUGGGGAAGAAACAAUGCCAGGGGGAAUAUGAGACAGGAUGCUGGGAGGGGACUUGAAGUAGAACCCAAGGCUCUUCAGCCGGAUAUUGACACUAUGGUACGGGGUCGCUCUUUGUCCUGGAUCCACACUGAUCUGACAGACUUGCACCCAGUCAAGAGAGAAGAAGAAACAGGUGUCGGGGGAGGAGACAGAGGCAUGGAAACUCCACAUAAACUUAGAAAGUCCUCUCUUCUUUUCCCCCAAAAGUCCUCCCUCUCUGCCCUUGCAAGCCGCGCCAGGCAGAUACUCAGCAACUCCGCCCACAGCACCCACCCCGGUAAUAACAGCAACAAGCUUGCUGGAGAGAAGAAGAAGGAGAAGAGGGAGGAGAACAAAAUCUAUAUCACCAGGCCCCGGCCCGCAAAAGACAGGGAAAGAGAGAGAGAACAGCGGCGAGAAAGGAGGGAGGAAAGGGCAUCUCGCCACCCAAGAGAGGUUUUCCCGGGGGUCUUUCUGUAUCAGACAGGGAAGACCACGAGGUUGGUCAAUUUGGGAUCCAAAGGACAAGGCGGAGGGGGUGCAGUAGGCGUUAGGCGGCUUAUUGGUGCCCCUCAACUCUGGCCCAACCCUCCCACUAGAGAAGGUAAGGGAACGCCUCACAAUCGAAACAUCAACAUGCAGCGUGAAACUGCACAGCGGUCAGCCAACAAAGCAACAGUGAAACAAGCAGAGAACAGCAAGAGGAGAGGGGAGCACCACGACUCCAGGACCCCCGUCACAGCCGACCAGCCCGGCAAAGGAGAACCCCCGAACGCAUCCUCCAACCACCGAGAGCGCCCCCCUCCCCCGGCCACACCGCCAAGCUCCAACUCCACGACCAACCCAGUCCAAAGUCAGCUACGGGUGACUUCUUACCUCAGAACCUCGGAGAUCACAGAGUCCCAGCAACAGCCGGGGGCGAACCUCAACCCUGCGGGCGCCGACCAAGAUACGAACCGCUCCAAUCCUGAGCCCGAUCCCGAACAAGAGCCCGAACCAGAACCGGAGGAGGGGGAAAUGUCCGACUACAGCUACGAAGAGGUUGAGGUUCGCCCGGGCUGGGCAGAGGAGAGCAUCAACUGGCAGAGGACGUUCUCGGUGAACCCCAUGGACUUCGAGCUGCUGCGCUCCGACUGGAACGACCUGCGCUGCAACGUGUCCGGCAACCUUCAGCUGGCAGAGAGCGAAGUGGUGGACGUGCUGGCGCAGUACAUGGAGAAACUCAAUGAACGCAAUGGAGGGAUCUACACCCUGCUGCGAAUCAUCAAUGUUGAGAAGCGGCGCGACUCUGCGAGGGGAAACCGUUACCUGGUGGAGCUGGAGCUAAUGGAGAGAGGCCGCAGCGUGGUGCGCCUCUCAGAAUACAUUUACCUGCUUCUCCACCGUGGCAGACAGGGAGAGGAAAGUCUGGAGAACACAGAAUCGGCCCAGUCCUCUGCACCAGCCUCGCCACCCUCUGCCGCCACGAGCAGCUUCACCACCCCGACCCCACCUCCGUCCACCGUCCGGCCGGGAGCGACGCCAUGGAGCACCGCCUACGCCAAGCCUCUGCUCUGCCAGCCGGUCAUGCUGCAGUGGAGGAAAGAUGUCAUGGUUCACUUUGUGGUACCAGUGAAAAAUCAGGCGCGCUGGGUACAGCAGUUCAUCUCGGACAUGGAAAAUCUCCAUCACCAGACGAAGGACGACAACUUCAGCAUCAUUAUUGUCGACUUUGAGAGUGAAGACAUGGAUGUGGAGCAGGCUCUUCGGGACAGUAGUGUGCCAAGAUACGAGUACCUGCGGAGAGAGGGGAACUUUGAGCGCUCAGCGGGACUGCAGAUCGGAGUGGAUACCAUUGAGGACAGUCACAGCAUCGUGUUCCUGUGUGAUCUGCACAUCCACUUCCCUCUCAAUAUCUUGGAAAGCAUCAGGAAACACUGCGUAGAGGGACGCCUUGCUUUUGCUCCCAUUGUCAUGAGGCUUGGCUGCGGUAGCUCACCAAUGGAGCCUGAUGGGUACUGGGAAGUAAAUGGCUUUGGCCUUUUCGGGAUCUAUAAGUCCGAUUUUGAGAAGAUUGGAGGAAUGAACACAGAAGAAUUCAAAGACCGCUGGGGCGGAGAGGACUGGGAGCUCCUGGAUAGGGUGCUCCAGAACGGUUUGGAGGUGGAGAGACUCCGCUUGAGGAACUUCUUUCACUAUUACCACUCAAAAAGAGGCAUGUGGAAUGCUCAGAACAAGAAAACCCCAAAGGGAUAA